CGAGGUUCUGGCCCCUACAUUUCAUUGUUAAUUAAGUUUAAACAUAUUAUUAAUGUAGUUUUCAUAUUGUGUAAUACAGGUAUUUUAAUUGAGAAUAUGAGGCGGGAAGGCUUCGAGCUGUCUGUCUCACCACCCAAAGUCAUGUACAAAACAGAGAGUGGUCAUAAACUUGAGCCAAUUGAAGAAGUUACUAUCGAGGUAAAUGAAGAGCAUGUGGGGUUAGUUAUGCAAGCCUUAUCUAAUAGGCGAGCUGAGGUUGUUGAGAUGGGUCCUGUUCCAGGAAGUGCCGACCGGACUAGAUUGUCUUUGACAUGUCCAUCAAGGGGCCUGGUUGGUUACAGAAGCGUAUUUAGCAGUGACACACGUGGAACUGGAUUUAUGCACCGUGCUUUCUUAAAAUAUGAAAAAUAUCGAGGCCCUCUUGGAGAUGUCAGGAAAGGAGUGUUGGUGUCAAUGGGUUAUGGUACAACCACAGCGUAUGCACUAAUGAGUUUAGAACCUCGCGGAACUCUUUUUGUCACUCCUGGGAUGGAGACAUAUGAUGGCAUGAUUGUUGGCGAGCACUCGAGGGACACGGAUCUAGAUGUCAACCCAGUUAGAAAUAAGGAACUUACAAAUGUGCGUGCUGCUAGCAAGGAUGAGAAUGUGAAACUAUCUCCUCCUCGCCUUAUGACUCUUGAAGAAGCAAUAGGGUAUGUAGCCUCUGAUGAACUGAUUGAGGUUACACCAAAGACAAUACGGUUAAGGAAGAAGUAUCUGGAUGUUAACAAGCGUAAAAGCAUGAGUAAAAGGCAAAAGGAAUGAAUCCUGCCAUCUCUGCAGUUUUGUAACGUCGUUAGGUAUAAUACUUGAAUGUAUCAAGAGUAGUAAUUAUACGAUAUAUACUCUCACUUUACAAGUAGACCGCAUUUUUGCUGGAAUUGGAUGCGUCGCGGAAGAUUUAUUGGAUGUCUGGUGUUCUUGAUAUUCUUGAACAAAUAUUGAUGAGCAAAGAAACUUGAUGAUGUAUUUGGUGAGAAGGAAAAAUGGAAGUAGGAUAUUCUUGAUUCUUGCCAUUUUGUGUGUAAACUUAAAUGCACACAAUAAUGAAGCAAGUGUUAGAGUUAAUAAUACGAUACCAGAUUUUGGUUAUAGCA